CCACUAUCACUUCUUCCACCCCCACUUCACUACACUCUUUCUCUCUCUCCCGACCAGACUAGUCCUAUCAGAUUUUUAUACAUUUCUAUAUAAAUUAUAAGCCAAAAGAAAACCCAACAAAUUUCUUGUUCUUUGUCCUCCCACUUCUCUCCAUCAAUUCUUCAACCUUUCAUCAUUUCUUUAUUUUGUUGUUGUUGGUUCUAGGGGAAUAUAUAUAUUUAAAAAGAGAGAAAAAAAGUUGGAACAAAAAUGUCACUGGAUUUGGCAUCUGAACGUGUUUGUUAUGUUCACUGCAACUUCUGCAACACCAUUUUAGCGGUUAGUGUUCCAUACAACAGCUUGUUCAAAAUUGUGACUGUUAGAUGCGGGCAUUGUGCCAAUCUGCUGUCUGUAAAUAUGGGAACUUCACAGCAAAUAGUUCCCAUUCAAGAUGCUCAGAAACAGCAGAUCAUAAACAUUGAUGAAGAUCCUUCAAAUAAGGAAUGUGGGUCGUCUUCCAAAUGCAACAAGCAGUUUUCUGCAUUUGAUUCUGCACAAAACGAAGCACCCAGAAUGCCUCCUAUUCGCCCCCCUGAGAAGAGACAACGUGUUCCUUCUGCAUAUAACAGGUUUAUAAAGGAGGAAAUCCAAAGGAUUAAGGCAAGUAAUCCAGACAUCAGCCACAGGGAAGCUUUCAGCACUGCUGCAAAAAAUUGGGCACAUUUUCCUCACAUUCACUUUGGGCUAAAACUGGAGGGAAACAAGCAAGCAAAACUGGACCAGUCAUUUGCAGACCAGGGUGCUCAAAAGUCUAACAACUACUACUGAAUACACGGUGGCAACUUGUGACUACAAGCCAAUCAUCAUAUAUAUGUUUAUUUACAAAACAAAGUUGAGGUCUUGAUGAAUAGUCUCGUAAACCAUAUUACUAGGAAGGCUGUCCUCCCCUGACCUUGCUAUUUGCGUGUUUUGCACUGUUCACAACAAAUUUGCUUCUAUUCUAGCGCUUGCAUUUAUGCAUGUUGAAUUCAGCUCAUAACUUUAUUCCAGGGAAUAAUAUGUUGCAAUUUCUUUUGGUUCA